AAGCUUAAAGCCAGAUCAUUUCUAAAGCGUAUUGUUGGAACAGUUGUUCGAUCUGUGCAAGAAGAUCAAACUGAGCAGGAUAUCAAAAAUUUAGAAGCAGAGGUCCAGGGAUUAGAAGAGCUUUCCAAACAGCUAUUCCUUGAGAUAUAUGAGCUCCGCCAAGCUAAGAUAGCUGCUGCGUAUUCUCGAACUUGGAGAGGACAUUUUCAGAAUCUUCUAGGAUAUGCUUUAUCAGUAUAUUGUGUUUAUAAGAUGCUCAAGGGCUUGCAGAGUGUAGUCUUUAAAGCGGAUGGCUCUGUUGAUCCAGUGACCAUGACAAUUACCAUUUUCUUGAGGCAUUUUGAUAUCGGUAUCGAUGUCGCACUGUUAUCACAGUACGUAUCUUUGAUGUUCAUUGGGAUGUUGGUUGGCAUAUCUAUUCGAGGUUUCCUGGCAAACGUUAUGAAGUUCUUCUUUGCUGUUUCUAGAGUUGGGACUGGAUCAACAACCAAUGUCGUCCUCUUCUUAUCUGAGAUCAUGGGCAUGUACUUCAUAUCAUCUAUUCUUCUGAUAAGGAAAAGCCUGGCAAAUGAGUACAGGGUGAUCAUCACAGAUGUUUUGGGUGACAUUCAGUUCGACUUCUACCACCGGUGGUUCGAUGCCAUAUUCGUGGCGAGUGCCUUCCUGUCCUUGCUUUUGAUAUCAGCCCAAUACACCUCCCGGCAAGCAGACAAGCAUCCGAUUGAUUGAUGCAUCUUGUCCCACUUGUGCAUAGUGCUCUUUUUAACCACGAUUGGUCCAAAGGUUGACCCAUUCUUUUUGAAGGCAUAGCUCGCGAAGGGGUCGUUUCUUAGGAGACCUCCACAAACACACACAGUAACGGAAUAUAUAAUACAGUACAUCGGUUUAACUCGAAGGUGUCUCUUUGCUGUAAAGUACGUUUGCAAGCUGGGGUUGAAUCAUGGCUAACAGUUCCUCCACAUCCAAGCCAUCAGUGCUGGCCCUGAAGCAAUCAGAAAAGAUUUGCGUGCUGAUGCUGCAAUGCUUUUGCCAAGACAAGCGAGGAUGCCGCCUCUUAAUUAGGAAUGAUGUACCAUGGUGUAAAAUAGGUUUGAAAUACUAGCGUGUUAGCUUGGUCUGCAGUUGAUAUGUGUACUUCCCACAAUUCUUUGCGCUAUGGUACGAUAUACUUACCACAUCUAUCAAGAAGAUUAUUAUUUAUUACUCAGAUGAUGACUAACUUCUCAGGCGUAUAUGUCGUAGAACCCCGAUAUUGCUUGUAUCGUGAUGUAAAUAGGAAAUCAAUGUCUUGUUCAUUCA